AGAAAAAACCCAUGGUUUCUCUUACUCUAUCCCCCUUAAAACCUUAUUAUUUCUGGUUUCUUGGUUAACCAAAAUGGUAUUUUUGGUGGUUUUAGGCUUGGUUCUGGAUCUCUGAGAAUAUUGCUGGAUUUCAUGCGAUAUUAUUGUUCUAGGGUUCUCCACUGAUGGAACUUUUUGCCUGAUUCUAUGCCUUCUCUGUCCAUUGCCGUUGAUGGGUAUGACUAGUAGAUUUGCACUUCUUUCGUGGGUUUGCUUGUGUUGAUCGAUUUCAUGCUCAUUUUUCAUUUCGCUGGGUUUUGGAUCCUCUUCUCUGUCCAGAAGAACUAAAGCAUCAAAGUUCCUCCCACCUAACUCUUUCUCUCGCGACACAUACACACAUGGCCGCCAUGUUUUCACGAAGGCUCAGCUCUAAGCUUCCAAAAUCAUCCCAUUUAUUCCCAUCAUCCACCACCUCUUUCAUCAUCUCCUCGAACUCUCAGAACUCUAAUUUCAAACCCUUCUCAUUGCUCUACCCUCAAUACUUCAAUUCUGCAGUAUCACAAUCCCCAACAAAAACACUUUCAAACCCAAAUUUCAAUGUCUUCAUUGCGCCUUCCUCAAACUCCACCAAAUCUGGUAAUCCAUCACACCCAAAACCCCAAAGUUUCCAUCUUGGUUCCGUUGGGUCAUACCCAAGUUCUGUUGUCAGAUCACAAAACUCUCACCUGUUUUUGUUGCCAAAUGAAAAACUCACAGAAAGUUCACCCCUAAAUCCUUUGGUUGGUGCAAAACCCAGUAGUUCCAAUCUUAGUUUGAUACGGCCAUGUUCAAGUUCUAGUACCAAGUUCAACAGUUUUGACCUUUAUUGGUUUUCUAGAGGAAAACCCAGAUUUUAUUCAACCUCUGAUUCAUCCUCAGAAUCUGAGAAACCCCAAAAUCCCAGUCAUUACCCGAGUCAAAACCCUGAUUUCAAGCACCAAGAAAUUGAGGGACCAACGGUAGAACGUGACCUCUCGGCUUUGGCCAAUGAGAGCCGAGAAGUUCUUGAAGGGAUGAUGAAGACCAUGUAUGGUUUAAGUAAAGCUGUGGCUUUUCUGGGUCUGGCUCAGCUUGGCCUUGGAGCUUGGAUUGCUUACAUUACCAAGUCUUCACCUGUUUCUGAGAUUUCAAUUCAGAGCGCUGUGGCAUUUGGGUUUCCUUUUGCAUUGGCCUUCAUGUUAAGGCAAUCCUUGAAGCCAAUGUACUUCUUUAAGAAGAUGGAGGAGCAAGGUAGGUUGCAGAUUUUGACUCUGACUCUCCAGGUUGCUAAGAAUUUGAAUCUCUUUUUCGUUCGAGUUCGUGGAGUUACUUUCAUGUGUAUUGCUGGCUUGUCAAUUGGAUUUUUGUUCACUCUGCUAUCAAGAUGAUUAGCUUUGUUCUAAAAAUAAUUAUAUAGAUUUAUGUUGGAUUUCCCUAGAGUUGGAAUUUGUUAGUUCAUAGUUUUUCAUGAUCAAUAUCUAGAUGUUCUUGAUUUUGAGUCU